AUGGGCUCCAAAACAAUCAUUCUAGGAGCACUGACUGUCCUUUCCGGUGUCUUGUAUCAAACAAUCCUGAAGGAUUGGUUGUACCUCAAUUUCGGAGUAGGACGAAUUCAUAACAAUCUCGAAGAUUAUCCGUUUACAUGUCGACGAGUAGAGCACCCGCUUUUAGAAUCUUGCGAAGAUCUCUUUCUUGAUCACGAGGAUCGUACAUUGUAUGCUGCAUGUUCGACAGUUGCAAGUCGAAGGGGCUGGAGUCCGGGAACCUUGGAAGAUCACGUAUCUGUACUUAAAAUUGAUGAGCCGGGAGAGGAUGGACUCUAUGGACUACACACGCUAGAAAUUUCAGGAGGGUAUCAGGGAGUGGAUAAUCAUAACUCUAUUGAUGUCCAUGGAUUCGAUGUUGAGUUCUUAUCUGAUUCUCGAUUGAGAUUUUGGAUGGUCAAUCACAGACCAGCAAUUGAUGAAUCUGGCAAUUUUCUCGACGCGACAAAAGUAGGAGCGAACUCCACCGUGGAAGUUUUCGACUUGGUUCCUGGAUCUAAAAAAUUGGAAUUUGUCAAGACCGUUGCCAAUCCAAUCAUAAAAACCCCAAAUAACAUUGCCGCGACCGGAGAUGGUGGAUUUGUUUUCACUAAUGAUCAUUCUACUAAAACUGGACUUCUUCGCUCAUUAGAUAUGGUUAUUGGGGGAGGAAAUAUCGCUGUGUGUGGGUCUGACGAUCAAUGUCAUUCUGGUCCCUCCUAUCGACUUCUCAAUGGCAUUGUUCGAGGACAAGAUGGCCUCUUUUAUGUCGCCUCAUCCAUCAAAGGCAAAGUUUCCGUCUAUGCUCUGGAAGCCAAUAAUACAUUUACUCAAAUCGACGAAAUUGAUCUGCAGAUGCCAUUGGACAAUUUAUCCGUAGAUGCUAAUGGCGACAUUCUUGCAGCCGCUUUUCCCGAUAUAGUCAAGCUGGUCAAAUCGAUGGGUGAUUCUACAAUCAAUGCUCCAGCUACGGCUUUCAGGAUUAGAAAAUUCGAUACCGAGGAUGGAGAGUGGAGAUAUGUGGUUACGAAAGUGUUAGAGGAUAUUGAGGCGAGUGUUCUGUCGGCUGCUACUUCGGUCGUACACGAUCCUAAAACGGGAAGGUUGUUUUUUGGUUCUAUCACGGCACCGUUUGUUGUUGUAUGCGACAGGGCUUAG